UUCGGUUUUUCCCGGUUUCAUUGGUUGCGUGACUGUGAGCCGCCUCGCAGCCUUUGUCCGAUUACUGUUAACCGGCGCGGACCCAUCUUGGGGGUGCCGCUGAAUCAGUUUCGUUUGUGUCAGGCGAUCGCUCGCGUUAGCGGCUACGACGAUGAUGUCCAGAUCGGUGCGCGCCGAGACCCGGAGUCGUGCCAAGGACGACUUCAAGAGGGUCAUGCAAGCCAUCGACAAGGUUCGAAAAUGGGAAAAGAAAUGGGUUACCAUAGGAGACACGAGCAUGAAAAUCUACAAAUGGGUACCAGUUCCAAGCACUGAUCAGGCUAGGGCGAAAACCAAAGCACCAACAGCUUCAAGCAACAAAGAAAACAUUGAAACAUCGGGGAAACACGACAUCAAGAAUGAUGACUCCCAGUCCUUGGUUGGGAAAGACAAGUCUAAUUCAAACAUGUCUGAAGGCCUAGAGGAAUCUUUCACCGGUUUCUCAGAAUUCAGCCAGGACUCUCAGGGUGACAGUCAAGUCAUGAGGGAUGCGCGGCCAGAGGAAUCUAGCAAUUGCAUCACCGAGAACAGCAGUGACACCCAGUUUCCAGACUCUCAGGGAGAUCUUUCAGCAAGGCGAGACGAAUCGAGUGAAGACAGCACGGAGGCACCACUGAAGAAGUUAAAAAUGAACAAUGAUUGCUCUAAGGCAUAGUAGCAUGACUGCCAUCGUCAUCGUCAUGAGUAACGACCAUUUGUAUUUGUUAGGAUCACCCGCAUUGUGUCGUCCAGUGUCCCAUAAUCGCAUCCCGUGUGCUGCUAGAAAUGGUCAAUGGGAAUCUCAGCUCUGGCACUAAAAAGGAGAGCUAUGAACUGACGAUGGAGCAAAUCGUGUGCAGCUGCGCGUAGGAAUGCUUUGUCACUUGACCUGUGUCACUUGACUUGAGCCUAAAGUGAGGGUCGAAGAAAAAUGGUGAGCUUAAGAUUGCCCGUUGAAUUGAAGCAGCUGUCUACACGAGCUGUAGACCAACUGUAGGAAAUGCUGAGAUCAGCGUUAUUCAUUCCACAGCUUUUCUUUGUGGUUGAUGUACGAGCACAGCUGUGCUGACUGGUGAAGCAGAUGUAAUCCGGACCUGGAAUCGUCGUUUAACAGCUGCUGAAUAUCCAUUGCAACAUGCCUCGAUGCCUUGCACUUCUACCGAUCUUGCAUGAAUGCCAUACGCAAUUGCAGCGCCUUUUGCCUGCUUAUAUUAUCUCCUUUUAUAGAUAUAUUACUAGGAUGAACUUGUGCCUGUGAAGUAGUUUGAUGACCUAUUUAAUUUAGGGAUGUGCUUUGUUUCAAUUAAUUUGCUUUUCAAUGGCAUAACUUUCAGCGGACGCAGUUGAUAAGACUUUAAGAACUGCAAAUUGUGAAAACAUCAAAAUGUUGAAGACUGCAUGUGGAUUGGCGAAAGUAGUAUGAAUUAUGCCUGUGUCAACAAUUUCAUCUCUCAUUGUCGUGUUCAUUGUGCACGUUGUGUGUUGAGCUGUUUUGUGUGACAGAAACAUCUAGAAUAUGAAAAGUCUUGUGUUCCAGGAUAUAAUAAAAAAAGGUAACAAACAAACAUUUCCCAUUACAUUCUCCCGUCCUUGUCAGUGGAAAGGUGGCAUCU